AUGAGGCUGGAGGGCUCGAUGCCGAGCAACAACUACAUGAACCCUGGCAAGGCCAACCCAGAGGGCACUGCGGCCAUGCAGCUGGCCAUGGCGAAGAUGCAGGCCGACUUGGCCAAGGACUCGGGCGAGAAGGGGUUCCGGAAGUUCAGCGACGGACCAAACGACCCGCGGGUCGCCCCGGUCGGCACUUCGCUCUGGCGGCCGGAGGCAUUGCGCCUCUCGGGCGAGGGUGCGGGCGGCGGCAAGGCGGAGGAGGGCCCAACGCCGCCGGAGGUGCGCACGGUCAAGAUAGACAAUGUGCAGUCCAAGGACUCCAUCGAGAAUGACGUGCUCAAGGUGAUGAAUUUCAAGUUUGGCACCGUGGCCAGCUUCACUGUCGGAGACAACGACGACGGCUCCGUCCACGUGCUGGUAGAGUUCGAAAGCGUCGAGGCCUCUCAGAAGGCGUUGACCAAGCAGGUGAUGAAGUUCAACGGCCAGACGUGGCCGAUAUCCUCGCCGUCAGGGGAGGUGGUCAAGCCGCAGGGCUUCUCCGCCCCUGAGGCGCCGAAGGCGCCGCGCAUGGCCAACCCGACGGGCGGCGCUGGCGACGCUGACGACGCCCUGAAGUUUGCCCUGCACGGCCGAGGCGGCGAAGCGGCGGCGGGGGGCGACACCGCUGGAGCCACACAGGGGAGGAGUCCGAGCCGGAGCCGCUCCCGGAAGAAGAAGAAAGACAAGGACAAGGAGAAGGCCAAGGACAAGGACAGGGACCGACGCAGGCGGCGCGGCGACGACGACGAGGACCAGGACCGCGGCCGCCGGCGCAGAGGUGACGACCAGUGUAACGAGGCGGUGGAAGGCGAGAACUGA